ACAAUCACUUCUAAGGUCUGUGUUUGACUGCAGUUGCUGUGAAGCGUCUGUAGGGUUCCCCUUUGCCUUAUCCUACAAUAUCUGUUUCUCUCUUCAAUCCGUAACAACAACCAAAAAUAAAAGGCAUCCCCCGGAGCUGAGCCAGUCCCUCUCAGGAUCUGAGCAAAUUAGCAACCUGCUCCAUCUAGGGGGAAUCCUGGGCUGCCUGUCACUCUCCAGCGCUCACAUUUCCAGCUGCACCCAGCAAGGGGAAUGGAUUUUUGGGGACUUUCAUUGAAGAUCGUGCUCUUCCCAUCCACCUUGGUGUUCUGCUCUGAUCUCUUUCAUUCUGAAUGCUACACUGUGAAUGGGGCUGAUUACCGAGGGACACAGAGCCAGACAUCCUUGGACUGUGGGAAGCCUUGCCUCUUCUGGAAUGAGACCUUUCAGCAUCCAUACAACACUUUGAAAUACCCCAAUGGAGAGGGAGGUUUGGGAGAUCACAACUGCUGCAGGAACCCAGAUGGUGAUGUCAGUCCCUGGUGUUACAUAGCCGAGCAUGAGGAUGGAGUGUACUGGAAAUACUGUGACAUUCCAACCUGCAGAAUGCCUGGGAAUUUGGGAUGCUUCAAAGACCAUGGAAAUCCACCUCCUUUGACUGGCAUGAGUGAGACAUCCAAUAAACAGACAAUUCAAUCUUGCAUUACCAUGUGCCGGAGACAGAAAUACAAGUUUGCUGGAUUGGAGUCAGGAUUUGCGUGCUUUUGUGGAAAUAACGCAGACUACAGAAAACAUGGAGAGACACCAAGCACCGACUGUAACAGCGUCUGUUUUGGAGAUCACACACAACCAUGCGGAGGAGAUGGCCGAAUUAUCCUGUUUGAUUCGUUGAUUGGAGCCUGUGGUGGAAAUUACACCAAGGAUGCUGCUGUUAUCUACUCUCCAGAUUUUCCAGACUCAUACGGAUCAGGAAAAGCCUGUUACUGGACUAUUCAAGUACCGGGAGCUUCUUUGAUCCGAUUUAACUUCACCUUCUUCGACAUAAAAGACUCCCGAGAUAUGGUGGAGCUUUUGGAUGGUUACACAAAGCAAGUGUUGGUGCGCUUUGAUGGCAGGAACCAUCCUAUACACAGUUUUAACAUCUCAUUAGACUUUGUCAUCUUGUAUUUCUUCUCCGACCGAGUUAAUCAGGCCCAGGGAUUUGCAAUUGUGUACGAAGCAUUCAAGGAAAGAACUUUAGAGAAACCUCAGUUAUCCAACCAGACACAGACAGAGUUGAUAACUCAGACAGCCAACCUCAGUAUCAAUGCAGCACGAUCUUCAAAGAUCCUUUAUGUCAUAACAACCAGUCCAAGCCAGCCAACUGGUCAAGUGCCAGGUUGGACAGUUUAUGCACUUACAGCUCUUCUUAUUUUGACCAUCAUUGCUAUUUUGAUAAAAGCGCUUCUUCACCUAAAUAUGAAGUCUCAGAGACUGGCAUCACCCACCAGUCUGGACAGCUGCCACCGAGGAUCUGCAGGAGAAAUAUGGAGCAUAUUCUACAAACCGUCCACAUCCAUCUACAUUUUCCCAAAGAAAAUUAAAAGUCCACAUGAUGAUCGCAACCCUUUAGUAGGCGAAUAAUUUGCACUUUAGUCAAGACAUUCAAGAGCUGCAGAUGGACAUUUGGGUCUCCUCUCAUCUCUGUUUAAUCAAUUCAUAUGUAUGAUGCUCUGAUAUGGACAAUAGUCUAUGAGGGCUUCCAGCAGAACUGAGAGAAUUGAUCUACAACUGUCCAGAGUCCAUCUAGUCACAUGACUGUUCCAACUAGAAGAGCCAGUGGAAGCCUGCCACAGAGCUACUCUAUAGCUAAUUGUUAUCUAUCAGUUUCUGGUCAGACAGAGAAAACAGGUGGUUCGGGUGGAAUGGAAAGAACCACAGCUUAAUGCUGCAGGCGUUACAUACAAUCACCCCAACUCUGCAAAGCAGGGUAUCCCAUUUUUGAAAAA